AUGGCAACAGAAGAAGUGUAUGCAUUUGAAUUUCAGUUAGUUUGGUUCAGUUUGUUUGAUCUUGUUGCAGUUUUGGAGUUCCUCGGUCGUGUUCCUCUGCUUCAGAGGCUUCCUGCAUCGUCUUUAAAAAAUUUAUCUCAACAUGUUAUCGUCAAAAACUAUGAGCCAGGAGAGUAUGUUGUUCGCAAGGGUGAGCCCGGUGAAGGUCUUUACUUCAUUUCGGAAGGAGAGGCUCGAGUUAUUAGACCUGGUAUCGCCGAUGAUGAAAAGGAUCAAGAUUUUCAUCUUAAAAGAUAUGACUAUUUUGGAUCUAGCGUUACUGGUUUAUCGAAUGCAGUUCACCGUGCUGAUGUCGUAGCUUUGACUAAGCUAUCUUGUCUAGUGCUUCCCAGCGAGCACUCGGCACUGUUGCAGGGAAAGUCUAUCGGUAGUGCAGAAAAUUCUCUUGCGACAGGCUCACUUGUAGAGCAUAUAUUGCAUUUGGAACCAAUAGAGGUAGAUAUUUUUCAAGGAACAACCCCUUCAUAUGCUCCAAACUAUGGAAACAUGUUUGGAGGGCAGUUAGUUGGACAGGCACUGGCUGCAGCUUCAAAGUCUGUUGAUUGUCUAAAAGUUGCUCAUAGCUUGCAUUCGUAUUUUCUUCGAGCAGGGGAUUUUAACGUACCAAUUCAAUAUAAAGUUAAGCGUCUGCGUGAUGGGAGAUGCUUUGCUAUGAGGAAAGUGGAUGCCAUUCAAAAGGAAAAGGUCAUAUUCACUUUGCUUGCUUCAUUUCAGAAAGAGGAGGAAUCAGGGUUUCAUCACCAGGAAGUGUCUAUGCCAUCUGUCCCUACUCCAGAUGAGCUUUUAUCAAUGGAAGAGUUAAGAGAGCAACGUCUUACUGAUCCUCGUCUUCCAAGAACUUACCGCAACAAAGUUGCUACAGCUGAAUUCAUUCCCUGGCCGAUAGAGAUACGGUUCUGUGAACCUAUACCUGCUACAAAUCAGACCAAGACUCCUCCUAGUUUGAGAUUCUGGUUUAGAUCAAAGGGAAAGUUGUCAGAUGAUCAGGCCUUGCAUAGGUGUGUGGCUGCAUUUACUUCUGAUCUAAUAUUUCUUCAUGUAAGUAUGAAUCCUCAUCGCAGGAGGGGUAUAAAGAUGCGCGCCUUGAGUUUGGACCACUCCAUGUGGUUUCACAGACCUUUCAGAGCUGAUGACUGGGUACUAUAUGUGAUCUUUAGUCCUACCUCCUUUAAUGCGCGCGGCUUUGUUAUAGGCCAAAUGUUCAAUCAGAAGGGAGAGCUACUUGUAUCAUUGGUUCAAGAAGGCCUUACGAUGAAAUAUAUUCCGAAAAGAUCAGCUACUAACUCUAAGCUGUGAAUUUCUGCCAAAAAAAUAAGUCAAAACUCCUGAGGUUUGAACAACUGAAAAUUCACAUGAUAAGUGGUUUUCUUUUUAGUUCUCUUUUGAUGCAGGUGUUAUAUGAAAAUUGAUUACAUGUGACUAGAUUAUGUAUGGAUGCAGUCAGUGAGUAGUAAUAAGAAAUAAGAAACAAGAAUAGUCCGGGAGAUUAUUUCCUGUCAUUCAAUGUAAUGAUUAUAGCAGUAACUUUUCAGAUUAUAUAGUGUUUUUUUUUAUCCUGAGAUCUAGUUCAACUUCUUAAAUGAGUUUAGUUUUCAUCCAGAAACUGCUUAAUAGAUGAAAUUGUUCAAACACACUUAUACAUUUAAAAAUGUUUCAUGAACUUAAACAAUUUGAGACUCCUAUACAUCUUUAAUAGACAUCCUCAUGUCAAGCAUGAGUUUGAGUUUAAUUCUCACAUCGCAAUUCUUAAUCCGACUACGGUGUUGGGGACUCCGGGGUAGUCGGGAGUACAAAUGGAACCAAUGCUCUAGGAUCAUAAGAGAGAGACACGUCACGUCUAUACCUAAAACCUUAAUGUGUUAGGUAUAUGAGUUCUCUUUCUUAUAAAUUCAACAUUUCACUCAUUCAUAAGCAAUGUGGAAAUUUAAUCACUCACACUUGCACCUAAGAUUCUUCCCCACAUAUCUAAGUCCCUCACAUCCUAUAAUAGGAUCCAACGUCAGAUCCAGCUCCCGUUCACCCACCAAGCUGAACUGCGGCUCUGAUACUACUCUUGGGGAGUCAAAGAGAAUCCAGAGCACUAAUGGAACUAACGCGCCAGGACCACAAGAGCUUCCUGCCAACUAGGAAGUAGCCCCAUAAGUUUUCAACCUAGUUUUUGACAUGUGAAAUUUUUGGAGUGAUUUAACUUCAAGUGAAGUUUAUUCUUCAUGAUAAAACAUAUGAUGGUUGGUGAUGACAAUGUGAAAUUCUUGAAGUGGUUUGUCUUUAAGUGAAAUAUAUUUUU